UCCUUCCGUCUGUCAAAAGUGUUUCCUUUUCUUUCGAGAGAUCGUAUUUGUUUUUGCGAAAAUAUAAACAUUAUUAUUUUUUUAUGUAUAUAAACCUUUAUUCUGUAUAUUGUAUAGUGAUUGCAUGUUAUAUUAAUUUUAUAUUGAUUCUAUUUUAAGUGAAUAAUCAUGUGAAAAAUCGUGUCAAAUCGUGUAGUGCUGUAUGUUGUUUUUGUUAGAAGUAAAUCACGCAGAUCUUCCAGAUGCUGCCUUCCAUGCCCAUCCUGUUUACGAGAGACAGUCAGGAUGCGUUUGGUAAUAAAAUCGAACCAAGUACAAGCUUUUUCAACCAAAAUUCACUUCCAAAACCCGUGAUCAACCCUGAGUCACUCACUCAGAAGCCUCAGAAAAACGCGAAAGAAUCUUAUGUCACACAAAAGGAAACAAAAGGCAAAGGCAAUUCUAAAAAGAAACAGGACCCGCCUAAAAUUGACGACAGAGCAUUGGAGAAUGCAUUAGUCACAUCUUAUUACAACAAAGUAAAAUCAAAAUUCUCCUCAAACUCAUCAGCGGUAACUAAUAAAUUUCGUCAAUUCCAAAAUAUAUUAAAAAUGUUUGACCCAUCUAAAGAGACUCCAGUGCAAUUGUAUAGGAAAAUUGAAGAGUUAUUUGGAGAUGAUCAUAAGGAUAUGGUAGAGGAGUUUUUAUUGUUCUUAAAGCCAGGCCAAGCUGCAGAAAUUGGGCGGUUCAUGGACUAUUUCACACUCGUCCAGAUGACCGGUUUUAUUGAAUUACUUCAAAUUACAUUUUCCCGUAAGCCGACGGUCUUACGCAAAAUACUGAGGGCGCUCACGACCGGUAUCAACAGUGGGAGAAGCGAGGACAUGAAAACACGUGUGCUGCCCCACCUGCGAUCGAACCCGCGCCUCACACAAAUGUUCAAAGCGAUGUUUCCUGAUGAACGGCCCCCAGAAAGUUUAUAUGAGAAUGGGUCAGACACAAUAAAUGAAAGCUUCCUCACCAGAGACAAAGGUUAUGAUGUAUGGGAAUUUGAUGAAGAGACUGACAAUAAGAGGAAAUUGAAUGACAAAGAGAGUUUGGAUACUGUGUAUCUUCAUGGAAGAGUUUUCCUUCAGCAUGGGAGGUUACUGCGCUCAGCGCGCGUCACAUAUCCGUAUAGCAAGGAGCCGUAUCGGGUGCAUGCACGGCGGCUAGCACCUCCACAUUGUCAUCUUUCGCCGUCUGAGUCGGAAGAAGAGAGGGCGUCACCAAAACGCAGCAGCAAAACAACAUCAAAAAUCCCACCGAAAAAAACAAAAAAGCAACUGAAAUCGCCUACAAAAAGUGUAAAAGACGUAAACGACAAUACAAAAGUUAAAGAAACUGUCCCUAAUGUUUUAAAUAGUCCUAAAACCGUAAAAGGUAGAUCACAAAAUAAUACUAAGAAAAAUUGCAAGCAUAAAAAAGAACAUGAUAAUAUUGUGCAAAAAAAGGAUAGAAAAGAAAAUAAGAAUCAAUCAAGUUGUAAAAAAGAGGAAGGCUCAAAAGCGAAACAGACAAAAGUGGAAACUGUUCCAAUUAGUACAGAAAGGAAAACGACUGAAAUUAAGAAUAAUAGUUGGACAAGAGAUGAGGACAAAACUAUGUUAGAAGUGCUCAAAGGCGAAGCAAGUUCGGAACAAGUUUUCUGCAGGAUAAGCAAACUGCUUCCACAUCGUUCAGUCACUGAAAUAAAGGAAAGAUUCUGUCAUGUAAUGAAUCUGUUACAACAGAUGCAGAUGGACGUCGGUGGAGUAACUUAGCAGAGUAAUUUUAAAAUUUAUCUAAUCUAAGAUAUAUUUAUAAUUUUGUAUAAAAUAAAAUAUAUUUUUGACUUAC